AGUCGUUAUAUUGCUGCGCGCGCAGACAGUUAUUCGCACGCAGUACGUACAGUGUCUGUCGACGUAGGUGUGUCAGUUUAGUGCGCUUGUCCUAUCCAAAAAUACGCCCAUCCAUCAGAAAUAUGUCCUAUAGCGCUGAGCGUGCGCUUUCCUUUUUCUAUCCCUUCAUCAUUGUGACUUCACUGAUCUGCUGCAUCACCUCGGCAGUAGCCUGGACACAUUGGCGCUAUGUGCUUAACGCCUGCCCGGACACCAACUGCGGCUGUGUGUUGCACGGCCGCACCACCUACAACAGCUUCGAGGGCGGCAACAUAGCUUAUUGCCACUAUGCCACCUAUGGACUUAUUCUGCCGCUGAUCUUUGCCGUGGUGCUGGGCGUUUAUCAUGGCUAUCGCAUGUGCAUUGGCAAGGGCAAACGGAAGGCUGGCACCACAACCAUUAGACAGCGCUCUGGUGACAUGGUCGUGGUGACCACCGAGUCCGAACUGACGCCCGAUAGCCUCUCGCCCUACUAUUGGCUACCUGCCACGGUUAUAUCGGUCAUUAUGGCCGUUUACCAGCUGAUCUAUGCUGCCAUUUUUACCGAUGGCUUUGAGGUCACCUGCAAACAGUAUCGCGAGUCGUUGCUCAAGGAAAUUCAAGGCGUUGGCAAUAUUGUACCCGUAAUCAAGGCACGUUUGUCCUGUGCAGCUGUUUUUGAUUUUAUGGACUAUCUGGUGGAGAGCAUUUCAUAUGAGCGUCGUCGUUAUGGGCGCAUCAAUACUGCUGCUUGCUUGUAUUUUACCCUCGUCCUCGCCUGGUUUGCGCUUUUUGCCUGGAUUGCCAUAUGCGUUAUUAAUGUUGUUAACUUACGUCGUACCCGUGCCGCUCGAGUCUAAAAUGCGAACAAAAUGACAACGAAACAAAUGUAUUCCACAGCACAUUCACCUUAUCAUUAAUCAUAGAGAGCACAUUACACUCCACUUAUUUAUAAGUUCUUAAAUAAUAACGUCCACGGCAUAUUUUGCUGCUAUUUACAAGUUGUACAAAUAAAUGUAUGAACAAUUUA